CAGGGAGCUCAGCUGGGACGGCCGCCUGGCAGGGCCGCCCCUCAGGGGAGGAGAAAGGGGCCGGCCCGCAGCCGGAAGCCUAGGCCUGCCACAGCUGGGGGCCGGGCCUGCAGUGCAGACCGGGGCAGAGACGGCAGGCGGACCCCGGGCGAGGAUGGGCAGCCCAGCGCGCGUGUCGAUGGGGGACGCCUGGAGCUGGCGGGUGCACCCCGACAUGGAGAGUGAGAGGCGCCGGCCGUCCUUCGACGUGGAGCGGCUCACCAACAUCCUGGACGGGGGCGCCGAGAACACCGCGCUCCGCAGGAGAGUGGAGAGCAUCAUCCACAGCGACCCCGAGUUCAGCCUGAAGGAAAACUAUUUCAUGAGCCAGAACGAGCACUACGAGGCCGGCGUGAAGAAGAAGUUCCACCUGCAGAUGCUCGCGCGGCGCCUGGGCUGGUCGGAGGGCAGCCGGGAACUCCGUUACGCCUUCAGGGCCGUCACCGGAGACCUGGCCUUGGGCUUACACCACAUCUUCUCGAAGUCCCUGCAGAGCCUGGGCUCGGAGGAGCAGAUCGCCAAGUGGGCCCCGCUCUGCGACCAGUUCCGCAUCAUCGCCACGUACGCCCAGACGGAGCUGGGACACGGGACGUACCUUCAGGGGCUGGAGACGGAAGCCACCUACGAUGCGGACACCCAGGAGUUUGUGAUGCACAGCCCCACGCUGACUGCCACCAAGUGGUGGCCGGGGGACCUGGGACGAUCGGCCACCCACGCACUGGUGCUGGCCCAGCUGAUCUGCUCGGGAGCCCGGCGGGGCAUGCACGCCUUCAUCGUGCCCAUCCGGAGCCUCCAGGACCACAGCCUGCUGCCCGGAGUCACUGCUGGAGACAUUGGGCCCAAGAUGGACUUUGAGUACAUAGACAAUGGCUUCCUGCAGCUCGACCACGUGCGGAUCCCCAGGGAAAACAUGCUGAGCCGCUUCGCACAGGUCCUGCCAGAUGGCACCUACGUCAAGCUCGGAACGGCACAGAGCAACUACCUCUCCAUGGUGGUGGUGCGGGUGGGCCUGCUGCUGGACGAGAUCAACCCGCUGCUGGAGAAGGCCUGCGUCAUCGCCAUCCGCUACUCCGUCAUCCGCCGCCAGUCCCGGCUCCGGCCCAGCGACCCGGAGGCCAAAGUGCUGGACUACCAGACGCAGCAGCACAAGCUCUUCCCCCAGCUGGCCGCGGCCUAUGCGUUCCACUUCACGGGGACCAGCCUCCGCGACUUCUUCCAGGAGUCCUACGGCGCCAUUCUGGACCGGGACUUCAGCCUGCUGCCCGAGCUUCACGCCCUGAGCUCAGGUCUAAAGGCCCUGAUAUCGGAGUUCUGCACCCAGGGGGCCGAGCUGUGUCGCAGGGCCUGUGGCGGACACGGCUACUCAAAGCUGAGCGGCCUGCCAUCGCUGGUCAGCAGAGUGACAGCCUCCUGCACCUACGAGGGCGAGAACACCGUGCUCUACCUGCAGGUGGCCAGGUUUCUGCUGAAGAGCUACCUGCAGGCUCAGGCGUCCGCAGGCUCCGCGUCGAAGACGUCGCUCCCUCGGUCUGUCGCCUACCUGACCGCACCUGACCUGGCCAGGUGCCCGGCCCAGAGGGCAGCGGACUUCCUGCGCCCAGGGCUCUACACCAGGGCGUGGGCACAUGUGGCCGUCAGGCUCAUCAGGGACUCGGCGCAUCAGCUGCAGACACAGAUGCAGUCCGGGGCCGAGGAGCACGAGGCCUGGAACCAGACCACCGUCAUCCACCUCCAGGCGGCCAAGGCGCACUGCUACUACGUCACUGUGAAGAGCUUUGCAGAAGCUCUGCAGAGACUCGACAAGGAGCCGGCCAUUCAGCAGGCACUCCAGCGCCUCUGUGACCUCUUCGCUUUGCAUGGCAUCCUGUCUGCCGCGGGAGACUUUCUCCAUGACGGCUUCCUGUCCGGGGCUCAAGUGGACAUGGUGAGAACAGCCUACCUGGACCUGCUCUUCCUCAUCCGGAAGGAUGCCAUCUCGUUAACAGAUGCUUUCGACUUCACGGAUCAGUGUUUGAAUUCAGCACUUGGCUGUUACGAUGGAAAUGUCUAUGAACGCCUGUUCUACUGGGCUCAGAAGUCACCGACCAACACUCAGGGGAACCCUGCCUACCAGAAAUAUCUAAGACCACUCUUACAAAGUUGGAGAUCCAAGCUAUGAAAUAAUCAACAGCAUUCAAGAAGCACCACUAUGUGAUAAUGGUAGUAUGGCAGAUAUGGCAUUAGAAUUUUAAAGAGCAUAUGUGUAUGUAUUUUUUAAAGAGAGUCAUUAUCUUCCAGAGAGACCUUCUAAAGUGAAUGAAACAUCUGUGAUUUACUUCAAAAUCCAUGAGAGGGAAAAAAGGAAAGAGAACAGUUGUGGAUGUUGGUCAAUGGGUACAAUGCUGUUUAAACAAUUCUCUUAUCAACAUGGUUGGCAUUUCCUACAAUAAAACACAAUAGUACUAUA